UUCAGGGGAAACAGCUGAAGGAUAAAAGCUGAAGUCGUCUCUGCCGAUUUGUUUAUAGAGGGCAGAUCACCAGUCACCCCCUCCGGCUCUCCCUCUGACGUCCUGCCUCCCCUGCUCCUGCGAUGAGGACGGACGCCUUCUCGCUCCUUCUGGCUCUCGCGCUCCUGAGGGCGGCGGAAGGGAGAGGCCCUCGGGGGGAGCUGCAGGAGGAGAAGGGGAGGACAAUUCUGACGCAGGAGGAAGCAGACAGUCUGCACGUGGUGAUCUCUCAGUUCAUCACCGGCGGCGGACUCCUCAGCGCCUGCUUCAUAGUCCUGUUCAGCACCUUCAAGCCCUUCUUCACCCUGUUCACUGAGAUUCCAGGACAAGGCGUCGUCCGCCAACGCAGCGGAGGCGUCCUCGGGAAUGUGCUGAGCAGCAUUGACCUGAUGGACGUGGCCUUCAACAUGAUGGACGUGAAGGGCGUCGAGUGCAGGAAGCGGGCCGUGUGUGAGUUCCAGAAGACGGCUUCAGGGAUUCCAGCUUUUGGGAGAAUGGUGGAAAACGCCAGUUCCUUCGUCAGUGGCAUGGAGAAGUACAGAGACGCUCUGGACUCAGGAGCCGCUUUAGAAGACUGUAACGCCAUCUAUAAGUGUAUUUAUUCUUCCGCGGGAUCUUCAGCCAGGAAGAGAAGAGAUGUUUCUCCUCCUUGGAUGAAGUUAUCCUGAGACAGCGGAAGAUCGUGGAACUAUGACAGUGGCUGAAAAGUCAUCGGAUGCUUAUUUUCUUUUUCAUUGCAAAGAAAUGUAAAAGUCAACGGGCAUUUUCUUUUCACUCUCCUUUAGAAAAUAAAUAAGUGAAUGCACAUCUCAGUCAUGAAUGGAUGAGAUUUGUUAUAUCAGAAUAAAUAAAUCAAGGAGUCUUCUCGUUCGGACAAUGAUUAGCAAUAAGGAAUAUAUCAUUU